UAAAGAGUGCAGAGCUUUGCUGUUUGCUGUUUGCUGUUUAAUUCCUUUAACUCCACUUAUGUUACGGGUGUUGUGCGUCUAUUCAAAUGAAGCUCAUCCUCCGCUGAAGCUAUAAACACUGGAAUAUUCCCAUCAAGCUCCAGUGAAAAGUUUAUUGAAGGACAGCGAGAACAUGAGUGAUCCAGAACCCUGCAAAAUUAAAAAUGAAGACUCUGAACAACAAAUAGACCUAAUUGAAGAGAAUGAGGGGAUUAAAGAGGAGAAACAUCAUGUCAAAAUUGAGGAAAAAACUAAUUUACAGACUGAUGGUAUUUUGAAAAGGAGAGACAAGAAUUGUUUCACCUGCACUCAGUGUGGAAAGAGUUUCAGCUGCUCAUCACACCUUAACAAUCACAUAAGAAUCCAUACUGGAGAGAAACCAUUCACAUGCACUCAGUGUGGGAAAAAAUUCAGCCAAUCAUCAUCCCUUAAUCAACACAUGAGGAUCCACACUGGAGAGAAACCAUUCACUUGCACUCAGUGUGGGAAGAGUUUCAGCAUAUCAUCAAACUUGAAUCUACACAUGAUGAUCCACACUGGAGAGAAACCAUUCACAUGCACUCAGUGUGGGAAGAGUUUCAACUGCUCAUCAUCCCUUAAUAAACACAUGAGGAUCCACACUGGAGAGAAACCAUUCACAUGUACCCAGUGUGGGAAGAGUUUUAACUGCUCAUCACACCUUAAUCAACACAUGAUUAUCCACACCGGAGAGAAACCAUUCACAUGCACUCAGUGUGGGAAGAGUUUCAGCUGCUCAUCAUCCCUUAAUAAACACAUGAGGAUCCACACUGGAGAGAAACCAUUCACAUGUAACCAGUGUGGGAAGAGUUUUAACUGCUCAUCACACCUUAAUCAACACAUGAUGAGCCACACUGGAGAGAAACCAUUAACAUGCACUCAGUGUGGGAAGAGUUUCAGACAAUCAUCAUCCCUUAAUCAGCACAUGAGGAUCCACACUGGAGAGAAACCAUUCACAUGCACUCAGUGUGGAAAGAGUUUCAGCCGAUCAUCACACCUUAAUCUACACAUGAUGAUCCACACUGGAGAGUGUCCAUUCACAUGCACUCAGUGUGGGAAGAUUUUCAGACACAAUAACAAUCUUAAAAUUCACAUGAGGAUCCACACUGGAGAGAAACCAUUCACAUGCAACCAGUGUGGGAAGACUUUCAGCCAAAUAUCAGCCCUUAGCAAACACAAAAAAAUCCACACUGGAGAGAAAUCUUUCACAUGCACUCAGUGUGGGAAGAGUUUCAGCCAAUCAUCAUCCCUUAAUAGUCACAUGAGGAUCCACACUGGAGAGAAACCAUUCACAUGCACUCAGUGUGGGAAGAGUUUCAGCACAUCAUCAUCCCUUAAUUUACACAAGAUGAUUCACACUGGAGAGAAACCAUUCACAUGCACCCAUUGUGGGAAGAGUUUCAUCCGCUCAUCAUCCCUUGAUCUACACAUGAUGGUCCACACUGGAGAGAAACCCUUCACAUGCACUCAGUGUGGGAAGAGUUUCAGCCAAUCAUCACACCUUAAUCAACACAUGAGGAUCCACACUGGAGAGAAACCAUUCACAUGCACUCAUUGUGGUAAGAGUUUCAGCAUAUCAUCACACCUUAAUCAACACAUGAGGAUCCACACUGGAGAGAAACCAUUCACCUGCACUCUGUGUGGGAAGAAUUUCAGCCAAUCAGCAAACUUUAAUCAACACAUGAGGAUCCACACUGGAGAGAAACCAUUCACAUGCACUCUGUGUGGGAAGAGUUUCAGCCAAUCAUCAUACCUUAAUCUACACAUAAUGAGCCACACUGGAGAGAAACCCUUUACAUGCACUCAGUGUGGGAAGAGUUUCAGCCAAUCAUCACACCUUAAUCAACACAUGAGGAUCCACACUGGAGAGAAACCAUUCACCUGCACUCUGUGUGGGAAGAAUUUCAGCCAAUCAGCAAACUUUAAUCAACACAUGAGGAUCCACACUGGGGAGAAACCAUUCACAUGCACUCUGUGUGGGAAGAGUUUCAGCCAAUCAGCAAACUUUAAUCAACACAUGAGGAUCCACACUGGAGAGAAACCAUACACAUGCACUCUGUGUGGGAAGAGUUUCAGCCAAUCAUCAUACCUUAAUCUACACAUGAUGAGCCACACUGGAGAGAAACCAUUCACAUGCACUCAGUGUGGGAAGAGUUUCAGCCAAUCAUCACACCUUAAUCAACACAUGAGGAUCCACACUGGAGAGAAACCAUUCACAUGCAUCCAGUGUGGUAAAAGUUUUAACUGCUCAUCAUCCCUUAAUCACCACAUGAGGAUCCACACUGGAGAGAAACCAUUCACAUGCAAUCAGUGUGGGAAGAGUUUCAGCAUAUCAUCAUCCCUUAAUCUACACAUGAGGGUCCACACUGGAGAGAAACCAUUCACAUGCACUCAGUGUGGGAAGAGUUUCAUCCGCUCGUCAUCCCUUAAUCUACACAUGAUGAGCCACACUGGAGAGAAACCAUUCACAUGCACUCAAUGUGGGAAGAGUUUUAAGUACUCAUCAAACCUUAAUCAACACAUGAGGAUCCACACUGGAGAGAAACCAUUCACAUGCACUCAGUGUGGGAGAAGUUUUAGCAAAUCAUCAUCCCUUGAUCUUCACAUGAUGAGCCACACUGGAGAGAAAUCAUUCACCUGCUCCUAAACCUUGGUCACACAGGACUUUUCUCCCCAUAGACUUCCAUACAUACGCACGUGAAUGCUUCAGACCGGAAACGCAAGUUCUUGCAUCAAGUUUCGCAGUUCACUACCUUGCAAAGUUCAAGCUUGGUGAACUCUGACCUGCGAAAUCGCAUCACUUGAGACCAAUCGA